AUGAUAGUCCCAGCGAGUUCAUCAAAACAUCAUAGGAUUGAUAUCACCACUGCCUUGAUGCAGAACCAUCCGCCUCACUACGCUUUGCCGGCUGAUCUGCUCCCGGUAUUGCCGGUGCUGUCGUUAGAAAGCUCAAGUCAAAUGAACAAUAUUACUGCGCUCAUGCUCAGUAUAUCACCAGCGAUGUCGAGUGUCGUGCAUGUAUUCCAUGACCUAAAGAGGUUAGCUGCUUGGCUUGAAGCUCAGUCAUCAAUGCCCGACAUCGAGAGAGACUGCCUAUUUGCGUAUGCGCUGGCGGCGCUGGCGAUUAUCAUAUUGCUCAGGCGCAAACUUGACAGCUUUUCGGGCGCGCUUCCGUCCUAUCUGAUUACUAUCCCUGAUGCUUUAAGGAAUUCCGAGAUGGACGAUCCCAAAUUUCUUGUGCUGCGGUUGUGGCUGCUGACUAUCUCGGGGAUAUCGACGACAGAGCGGGACGAGCGAGAGGGUGCACAGGUGGGACUUGUGGUUGAGAUGAGGGCGGCAGGGUUACAGAGCUGGAGAGACGUUAUGGAGCUGGCACCGAAGUAUUUGGAGGACAUCAGUCGUCUAAUCACGCCGCUAGAUGUCGGGAUCAAAGGAACAAGACUGUUGAAUAAUGCUCUGAUUAGAAAUCUGUUGAAGAUCGAUCCUGAGUUUGAUAUGAAGGGGGUUGCAAGAUAA